AUGGGUGCCUGUUCGAGCUGCUGCAGGGGCUCCACAAAGUCGGCCCCGUACGAGCCCCUCCUCCUCGACAACGAGCGCGAGGCCGUCGCCGACCUCCUCCAGUACCUCGAGAACCGCCAGGACACCAACUUCUUCACGGGCGAGCCCCUCGGCGCCCUGUCGACCCUCUCCUACUCGGACAACGUCGACCUGCAGCGCUCGGCCGCCCUCGCGUUUGCCGAAAUCACCGAGAAGGACGUCCGCGAGGUGUCGCGCGAGACGCUCGAACCCAUCCUCUUCCUCCUCAACUCGCACGACGUCGAGGUCCAGCGCGCCGCGUCGGCCGCCCUCGGCAACCUCGCCGUCAACGCCGAGAACAAGCUCACGAUCGUCAAGCUCGGCGGCCUCGAGCCCCUCAUCCGCCAGAUGCUGUCGCCCAACGUCGAGGUCCAGUGCAACGCCGUCGGGUGCAUCACCAACCUCGCGACGCACGACGAGAACAAGUCGCGCAUCGCCCGCUCGGGCGCCCUGUCGCCCCUGACGCGCCUCGCCAAGUCCAAGGACAUGCGCGUCCAGCGCAACGCGACCGGCGCCCUCCUCAACAUGACGCACAGCGACGACAACCGGCAGCAGCUCGUCGCGGCGGGCGCCAUCCCCGUCCUCGUCAACCUCCUCGCGUCGACCGACACCGACGUCCAGUACUACUGCACGACGGCCCUCAGCAACAUUGCCGUCGACGCCGACAACCGCCGCAAGCUGCAGCAGUCCGAGCCGCGCCUCGUCGCCAACCUGAUCGGCCUCAUGGACUCGCCGAGCCUCAAGGUCCAGUGCCAGGCCGCCCUCGCCCUGCGCAACCUCGCGUCCGACGAGAAGUACCAGGUCGAAAUCGUCAAGCACGGCGGCCUUCCCGCCCUCCUGCGCCUCCUGCGCUCGUCGUUCCUCCCGCUCGUCCUGUCGGCCGCCGCGUGCGUGCGCAACGUGUCGAUCCACCCGGCCAACGAGUCGCCCAUCAUCGAGUCUGGGUUCCUCGCCCCCUUGAUCGACCUGCUCGCGUACGACGAGAACGAGGAGAUCCAGUGCCACGCCAUCUCGACCCUGCGCAACCUGGCCGCGUCGAGCGAGGGCAACAAGCGCGCUAUCGUCGAUGCCGGCGCGGCCGAGCGCAUUCGCGACCUCGUCCUCCAGGUCCCGGUCGCCGUCCAGAGCGAGAUGACGGCGUGCGCGGCCGUUCUCGGCCUGUCUGAGGACAUCAAGACGGAGCUCCUCGACCUCGGCAUCCUCGACGUCCUCAUCCCGCUCACGGCCUCGCCGAGCGUCGAGGUGCAGGGCAACGCGGCGGCAGCGAUCGGCAACCUCUCGAGCAAAACCGACGACUACUCGCCGUUCGCCGCCGCGUGGGACUCGCCCGACAACGGCCUGCGCGGGUACCUGCAGCAGUUCCUCGCGAGCGACGACUCGACGUUCCGCCACAUCGCCGUCUGGACCCUCGUGCAGCUCCUCGAGUCGCAGGACGAGGCGCUCGAGUCGCUCAUCCGCAACGCGACCUCGCUGCGCACGCUCGUCGCCGAGCUCGCCGCCGCGCCGCUCCCGCAGUCGGCGUCGUCGGCCGCGUCGGACAACGACGACGACGACGACGACGACGAGGACCCGGACGGCGGCGAGCGCGAGAUUGUCGAGCUCGCGCGCACGGCGGCUGAGCUCAUGGACGAGCCGGUGCGCGACUAGUUCGGCUCGUCGAUUGUCGACGGCGUCGGCGCCCCUGCGUUUACCUCUACCUCUGCCUCGCCGUCGUUGACGGCGCUCGCCUUCUCUCUCGUUCUCGUGCCCUUGACGUAGUGUGCCUUUCUCUCUGAUCUAGCUCGUGUCCAUCCGUUGUAAUCUGCGACUCAUUCUUUCACUCGCACGAGGAACCC